CUUAUAUUAAUUAUAUAUUGCUAUACUCAUAUAGAUAAGUGUUGCAUUUACAGUUCGUAGCAUGUACAUACUUCAAGAUAAUCUUUAAAAUGAUGUUAUACUUCACAUAAUAAUAGCAUCAACCUUCUGGAGUAAAAAAGAAAACCUAAUGAGUACUUUAUGAAAAUUUAGCCUGACACUGUAAUGCCUCAGCUAAGGAACACAGAACGUCUUCUUUCUCACACACACACUUUCACCUAAACUACAGCUUCUCUGUUCCCCAACCAUACAACAAGCCUUUGCACUAGAUACUUUCACAACAAGCUGCAGUAAUCAAGAUACUUCCAGCUCUUAUUUCAGAGCACAAGCCUGGACUGUGUGUAGAAGAGGUUGCUAUCUGCUGUAGGUCAUAUUACAGCAGCAAAUGAAGCCCCACCCCACGUUUCUUCUACUCAGUCCAUUACAUCUCAAAGCAUUUUUUUUCUCUAUGGUGCAGAUGACUCCUGCAUUCUAAGCACUUCACAGACAAGCAGAAAAAAAAGUUUUUAUCCUCCACCCAUCCCCCCAAGCUUUGUCCUUUCAUCUCAGCUAAUGAAGGCACUGCUCUGCUGAAAAUGUCUAGCAUGCCUUCCACAGCUAGGAGACAUGUCUACAUGCUCCUUGCUGUUAGAUAGACUUUGUGCACCCCCUGGUGCUCUAACGUUUUGUGUGGUUGAGAUUGUCUUCUCUCGCUCUCCCUUCUGGUUGCUCAUUAUUCAGAGAGAGGCAGAGACACAUGCACACACAUUCACUCAGUGAGAGAAAGACGGAUCUUUCAGGUCAUCUGCAGCUGCAGAGCAGCAGCAGCAGCAAGUGAAGGAGAGAGAGGAGGAGGAAAUACAGGGAAGGAGAUGGCAAUCCUCCAUUGCUGAGACUGGCAACACGAGAGUCAAGAAAGAACUCCAAGCCGAAAGCCACCAUCUCCCCACACACAUCAUAGACACAACGCCAGGAGCUGGAGCAGCCACGUCCAGAGCGCCCUAAUUUCCUAAUGUAAGAACAUAACAGUGGGCCAUGGAAGUUCUCCAGUGUGAUGGAUGUGACUUCAGAGCGCAGUCCUAUGAAGAUCUAAAGGCUCACAUACAAGAUGUCCACACUGCAUUUUUGCAGCCAACAGAUGUCACUGAGGAAAAUUCUAGUCAGUCGAGACCUGUGGGUACAAGUUCCACCAACCAGUCAGAAACUGUCUUUUCUACUAUGAAAGAUGAAUUUGUGCCUACAGAAGAAACUCAUGGCCAGACUCCUCCCCAAGCAAACACUGUUUCAUACUACAGCCACAGUCCUGGUUUUUAUGGUCUGUCUUCUGCAAGCAGUUCCAAACCAACCAAUAAGUUUUUCCAGUGUAAAUAUUGUGUUCGCUAUUUUCGAUCGAAAUACCUUCUUGUGGAGCAUACUAGGAAAGUCCAUGGACAUGGUGGAGGAAGUAUAGGAACUCCUGGAAAUUAUAACAUUAUGCUGCAUGAUGGAUUUGGCAAGGUCUUCUCAUGUCAGUUUUGCACUUACAAGUCACCUAGAAGAGCAAGAAUAAUUAAACAUCAGAAAAUGUACCACAAGAAUAGCAUGAAGGAAACGUCAGCACCAUCAGUUUCCCAAACUACACCUGUUUCCAUGCCAAUGCAAGAAACCUGUAAAGAAUUGCCAGCUGAAGUGGUGGAGCGUAGUAUAUUAGAAUCUAUGGUAAAACCCCUAACAAAGUCUAGGGGAAACUUUUGCUGUGAAUGGUGCAGCUACCAGACUCCAAGAAGGGAGCGCUGGUGUGAUCAUAUGAUGAAAAAACAUCGUGGGAUGGUCAAAAUAUUGUCAAGCUUAAGACAAGAUGGACUAAACUUACCAGAUGUACAAAAUAAAGGAUCACAAGUACCUGGGCCUGGAACGAGCUAUAUGCCCCUAAACAUGGCAACACAUGAUCUUUCCAAUGCUAAUAUUUCUAGUUAUAGGGGUCCCAUGAGUAAUCUCCCAGGAGGUAAUGUUUCUAAAUAUCAGUCAAUGUCAUAUGUUUCAAUAAAACCAAAACUCCCCACAAAUGCUGGCAUUUUGAAUUUGUCAGACAGGUCCCCUUAUGGAAUUCCAGAAAAGUCGAGUUCCAUGAUUGAUAUGGAUGAGAAUAGCUUAUUAAAUGACUCAAGUUCUGAUGAAGAUUAUAUUGAAAUUGAUGGUGAAAAUGGCUUAAGUCUAAUUGAUCAUGACAUGUCUGGGGAUCCACUAUUGGCAUCUGAGAACAACAAAUUGCUGGAGACAAAGGGGAUUCCUUUUAGAAGAUUUAUGAACAGAUUUCAGUGUCCUUUUUGCCCAUUUCUCACAAUGCAUCGGCGGAGUAUCUCCCGUCACAUUGAAAAUAUUCACUUGUCUGGAAAGACACCUGUUUAUAAGUGUGAUGAAUGUCCGUUUUCAUGCAAAAGUCCACUAAAGCUAGGCGCACAUAAGCAGUGUCACAGUGGUGCAUCACCUGAGUGGGAUCCAUUGAGCUCACUAAGUGAAAGUAUGUCAUCAUUAAAUGAAACUUAUGAAACUAACCAUAUGAAUGGCAGAAAAUCUGGAAACCUUACAGACUCUUCUCAGCAGAACCCAUACAAGUGUACGAUCUGCAACUAUUCUACAAUAACCUUGAAAGGUCUACGUGUUCAUCAGCAGCACAAGCACUCAUUCUGUGACAAUAUGCCAAACAGUAGUGGCAAUUUGUUACGACCGAUGCAAGAUAAUGAACUAGAUGCUAAUAAUUCUGGAACUGUGAGAAAGAGUCAAACGUCUAUUUUGGGAUUAUCUUCAAAAAAUAAUUUUGUAGCUAAAACAGCUAGGAAAAACUUAAAUGACUUUCCUUUGGACUUGUCACCUGUGAAAAAAAGAACUAGAAUUGAUGAAAUUGCAAGCAAUUUACAGAGCAAGAUUAACCAAAGUAAACAACAUGAAGAUUCAAUCAUCAAUGUGGAGGAUGAUGAAGAUGAUGAAGAGAAUGAGGUGGAAAUAGAAGUAGAACUUGACAAAGAGGAGGAUCCUUCAGAACAGAUGGAGGAAGCAGAUCAAUAUCCUAUCCAGCAAAUCUGGAAUCGAGAGAUGAGUAUGUCCCAAAAAAAUAUGAACUUUAGGAACAUCCAGCAUAACUACUCCGCAUCCAACGGAGCUGAAAUUGAGUUGACAUUGUCUGAUGAUGACGAAGACUACUACUUCCAAUCUGCUGGUCUUAAAGACCAAGAACAAAAUUCAUCCACUGCUUGCGACCAAUCUAACAUGUAUAACGAGAGUGACCAAAAUGAAAAUUCUGAGUAUAUGGAUGAGUCGGGAAGAUUAUAUUACUGCAAACACUGUGAUUUUAGCAACAAGUCUGCCCGAAGUGUUAGCACUCAUUAUCAACGCAUGCAUCCCUACAUUAAAUUCAGUUUUAGGUACAUCUUAGAUCCCAGUGAUCACAGUGCAGUAUACCGAUGUCUUGAAUGCUAUAUUGACUACAAUAAUUUUGAGGAUUUACAACAACAUUAUUCAGAGCAUCAUCCAGAAGCCAUGAAUGUUCUCAAUUUUGACCAGUCAGAUCUGAUUUAUAGAUGCCGCUUUUGUUCUUACACAAGCCCAAAUGUUCGGAGCUUGAUGCCACACUACCAAAGAAUGCACCCAACGGUUAAAAUCAAUAAUGCUAUGAUAUUUUCAAGUUAUGUUGUUGAGAGAAGCCAAGAGGAGCUCAAUUCUGAAUCACAAACCUUAAGAGAAAUUUUGAAUUCUGCUCCCAAAAGUCUGGUGACAUCUACGCCAUCAGGACAUGGAGCUAGUGGCUCAUCAUCAUUUAAUAAAUCUACAGCAAGCAUCACAAAGUCUCCUCCUGCAGACAAUGACAGUCAGAAGGGUUCUGCUGUUAAUAAUGUUGUGGUAUACGAUUGUGAUAUUUGUGGAUUUGCAAGUCCAAACAUGCAUUCUGUUUUGGUUCACUAUCAAAAGAAGCAUCCUGAUGAAAAGGCCUCCUACUUCAGGAUUCAGAAAACAAUGCGUGUUGUCUCUGUGGACAGUGGAACAGCCAUUUCGCAACUGGCUUUUGAUGGAGGCUCUUCUGUAACUCCAAAUUCUACCAAUGUGGCUUCUCCACCAGAAGUAAAUAUUGAGCUAUACUAUUGCAAACACUGUUCGUAUAGUAAUCGUUCUGUAGUUGGUGUACUAGUUCAUUAUCAAAAACGGCAUCCUGAAAUUAAAGUUACUGCAAAGUACAUUAGACAGGCUCCUCCAACAUCUGAGACCAUGAGAAAUGCAGAUACCCCGAAAACCACACCUGGAAAGCCGUCUAACCCAGUGCACAGUGCAAAGAAGAGCAAUGCUCAACCAAAAGAAAAUGAAAUGUUCUUCUGCCAGCAUUGUGACUAUGGUAAUCAAACAGUCAAAGGAGUUCUAAUUCAUUAUCAAAAGAAGCAUAGAGAUUUUAAGGUAAAUGCUGAUGUUAUUAGACAGCACACAGCUGCAAUAAGGAGUCUCUGUGAGCAAGGACAAAAGAAAACUACAACUAGCACACAAAAUCCACCUUCCACUAGUGAGCCUGAGAAGAACAAACUCAGAAGUAUCAAAUGCAGGCAGUGUUCAUUUUCAACCCCUUAUGUUUAUGCACUUAGAAAGCAUAUGAAGAAAGAUCAUCCUAGUCUUAAGGCUACUGUGACAUCCAUAUUGAAAUGGGCCUUUUUAGAUGGCUUUAUUGAAGCUGGCUUUCACUGUGAAUGGUGUAUUUACUCUCAUCCGGAGCCAAGUGGUCUUCUUGAACACUACCAAAGAAGGCAUCCGGAGCAUUAUGUGGAUUAUACCUACAUGGCAACAAAGCUGUGUGCUGGACCAGACCACUCACCUGCCCAAACAGCACCUGAACCAAAAUCCUAUAAAUGCAGAGACUGUACAUUUGAAGCACCUUCCAUUUGGGAUAUCACUAACCACUAUCAAGCUAUACACCCAUGGGCUCUGAAAGGUGAUGAAUCUGUACUUCUUGAAAUCAUUAAAGAGAAGGAUGCUGCACAAAAGUCAAAUUCAGAAGAAGCUACAACUUCAAAGGCUCCAUCUACCCAAAAAAGUUUCAUAAAUGCAGAAAUGUAUAUGGAGAGUGGAGAUGAUUCCAGUAUAUUACAAGAAAAACCAUCACAAUUGUCCUCUGCUCUGUCCUCAUCACCGUAUCAGUGCACAGUUUGCCUAUCUGAGUACAAUAAUCUUCAUGGCCUCCUGACCCAUUAUGGCAAGAAGCAUCCUGGUAUGAAAGUUAAAGCUGCUGAUUUUGCCCAGGAUGUGGACAUAAACCCUGGAGCAGUGUAUAAAUGCAGACACUGUCCAUACAUUAAUACCCGUAUUCAUGGUGUUCUUACCCACUACCAAAAACGACACCCCUUAAUUAAGGUCACUGCUGAAGACUUUGUGCAUGAUGUGGAACCGCCUAAUGACUCAGCCCAGAAUGAAGCUGAAGAAAACCGAAUAUUUAAACAAGGCUAUGGUGCCUACCGUUGUAAAAUAUGUCCCUAUACCCAUGGCACACUAGAAAAAUUGAAAAUACACUAUGAAAAAUAUCAUCAUCAACCAGAACCUGACAUGCUUUCACAGAAUCCUCAGACAGAAGUUUCUAUUGCGGAACCAGACAGUCCAUCAGAAGAGCAACCACCACAGACUGUUGUUACUCUAGAACCUGGUGAAGUGACUGAAAUGACUGGUUUCAGACCACGUAAAAACAUGGCCUCACACACAGUCUUUAAGUGCCAAUUAUGUAAAUAUUUCUGCUCUACCAGGAAAGGUAUAGCUAGACACUACCGUAUCAAACAUAAUAAUGUGCGUGCACAACCAGAGGGCAAAAAUAAUUUGUUUAAAUGUGCACUGUGUUCCUAUACUAAUCCAAUUCGCAAAGGUCUAGCAGCACAUUACCAGAAACGGCAUGACAUUGAUGCCUACUAUACUCACUGUUUAGCAGCAUCUAGAACAGUUAGUGAUAAACCAAACAAAGUUGUUGUUCCUACUCCGCGAAAAGAUGAUAAUCCUGACCUAAGUGAUGAGUUGAAGAAAGCUAUCGAAAUGAAAACAUGUUCUAUAUGUUCAUUUCAAUCUUACAGUAAAAAAGGGAUUGUGUCUCAUUACAUAAAACGACAUCCUGGGGUUAUCCCCAAAAAACAACCUGCUAGUAAGCUUGGUAGUUAUUUUACAGCUGUGUAUGCAGACGAUAAUGAAAGCCAAAGCUCUUCUGAGGACAAAGCAGAAAUUGAGCCGCCAUUUGAAGAUUUUGAUUCCCAAGAACCAGAACUACUUCCAUUUAGAUGUAUUAAAUGCUUCAAGCUUUCAUUUAGCACAGCUGACCUCUUGUGCAUGCAUUACACAGAUCAUCACAGCAAGGACAUAAAGCGAGACUUCUCUAUCUUGGGUACCUCUGGUACCCGCUCCUAUACCACCACGUAUCAGUGCAAGCAUUGUACUAGUAAAUUAAACAGUAUUAGUGAACUGACCUUCCAUUUGAACUGUCACAUUGAAGAUUUUCAAAAACGUGCCAAACGCCAGGAGAGACGGAAGCAGCUUUUACACAAGCAAAAAAUUGCUGAGAAUUCUAUUUCAGAUGCUAAAUCAGAAAAGACAGGAGGUGGCCAAGAGGCAGUGCAUAAGAGAUUAACAGAAAAGGUAGUUGUGGGCUACAAGUGUAAAUUCUGCGUGGAAGUCCAUCCCACACUUCGAGCCAUCUGUAAUCAUCUUCGCAAACAUGUCCAGUAUGGAAAUGCUCCCCCAAUUCCUCCUGAAUUACAGGAUGAGACUGAUCUGCAAAACAAAGAUGUUGAAGAGGAGCCAACUGACCCCUGCACUGAGCCAAGAGAAGAAGCUGCUGAGGUAGAAACAAAGGAGAUAAAGAUGGGGCCACGUUGCAGACCUGGUGGCUACCCCUGUAAGCAGUGUGAUCGUGUUCUAAUGUCCAUGCAAGGCCUGCGUUCCCAUGAGAGGAGUCACUUGGCACUAGCUAUGUUUAAUCGAGAAGUCAAGUACAGCUGCCAGUUCUGCUCCUUUGUCUCUGCCUUCAGACACAAUCUGGAUCGUCAUAUUCAGGAUCAUCAUGGACAUCACACUCCAUUUAGAUGCAAACAUUGCCCUUUCAAAUCCUCCUACAGUAGCCGUCUGAAGACACACAUUAUAAAAGCGCAUGGUGGUGAGCAUGCAUACAAAUGUUCAUUAUGCUCUGUAUCGACAAUGACAAUCAGUCAGUUAAAGGAUCACUCUUUAAAAGUUCAUGGGAAAACUCUUCCACUGCCAAAACUACGCACCAUGAUUCCAAAUAGCCCUCGUGCCAAGCAAAGCUCAAGGAUUGGAAAGGAAUCUGGUCUAGAUGACUCGUUGUAUUCAGAGCCACCAGAUGUUCAGCAGCAGCUCAACCAUUAUCAGUCAGCAGCACUGGCCAGAAGUAACUGCAAUAGCAGCCCCACACCUCUCUCUGUAGCUAACUCUCCCUCAGAGCAAAAAGAUGAAGCUGCCCUCAACUGUGAAUUUUGUGACUUUUCCUCUGGGUAUAUUCAGAGCAUUCGCCGUCACUACAGGGACAAACAUGGAGGAAAGAAGCUAUUUAAGUGCAAGGAUUGCACAUUUUAUACAUGCUUCAAAUCUGCUUUUACUAUGCAUGUUGAAGCUGGCCAUUCAACUACUCCCAAAGAGGGACCCAAAGAUCUUCGAUGUCCCUUCUGUUUGUAUCAUACCAAAUAUAAGCACAACAUGAUUGAUCAUAUUGUCCUACACAGAGAAGAGAGAGUUGUCCCGAUUGAAGUUUGCCGCUCCAAGUUAUCAAAACAAUUGCAAGGAGUUGUGUUCCGAUGUGAUAAAUGCACGUUUACCUGCUCCAGUGAUGAAAGCUUGCAACAACACAUAGAGAAGCACAAUGAAUUGAAGCCUUACAAAUGUCAGCUAUGCUACUAUGAAACCAAGCAAAAUGAAGAGCUAGAAAGCCAUCUGAGGAAUGAGCAUAAGGUAUGCCGCAACUUUGAACUAGUUGGAUUAGUUAAUUUAGAUCAGUUAGAACAAUUGAAAGAUAAAACUGAGCCUUCCAGCAGUGAUGAAGAAGAUAUUGGAGUUAAGCCUGACGAUACCGUGGAGUUUUCUGGUGUUAAAGAUAUUCCUCAAGAAAAACGCUUUCCAUGUGAAUUCUGUGGAAGAACCUUUGCAUUAAACACUGAAUGGGAGCGGCAUGUUUUAAGACACGGCAUGACUGUUGGUGAAAACAGAAAAGAGAAUGUGGAAAACGGAAAGCCUUUAGACAAUAUAGAGGACACCUGGUGCGACACAAAGCAGGAGGAAAGGACAAUAGAUGCUUCCCAACAAACAGGAUCCUCUUGUUUUAAAAAUCUUUUGGUGACCAAAACAGAAUAAUUAUUUCAGGAGACGCAAUGAGAAACUUUGCAAACAUUGAUUCAACAGAAGAAAGUACACGAAAAGCUGCUUUUUGGACCUAUAACUUUUUUUUUAUUUUAUUUUCCUUUUCCCCAAGCACUGGUACUUGUGUGUAUAAAGUACAAGAAACUGAUUCACACCAUGACAUUACUACUUGUCAUCUUUUUUUCGUACUUUGUUAUAAUAAUUUUAUUGUGAAUUAAUAGGGGAAUUAAACAUUCAGUUUUCUCCUAAGGCUGACUUACAAUUUUAAAUAGCACCACUUUUAGGAGAACUUUUUAAUACGAGCUUUCCAUAUUUUGCCACUGCUCUAGAGACAAUAAACUGUGUCAAGCAUUGCUCUGUGACUAUGGUGGUCAUCAAAUUCCUAGUACCUCUAGAAAAAAAAAAUGUUCCAGGGAAAUUUUAAGCGUUUACAUACAGUAAGCUGCUUUUCCAGGCGGAUGAAUAUCGAGAAGGUGUCGAAAUAACAAAGAACAAAAUAACAAUGCGUGAGAAAUAGUCAUGACAUCUUACUACAAAUGCUUUCAUGGACUUGGUCUUUAAAUACUGUGAUUUCCUUUUAUUUCUAUUUUUUAAUAAACAUAAAAGUGGCUGAAAAUGGUUGAACAUUAUAGGUAUCGGUGAAUGAUCACAUAUAGAUAUAUAUAUUUUAUUUGGAAUCCUUACCAUGUUUAAUGUGUUCUCACGCCGAAUGUUCAGCAGGCCUUUCAGGUCUUUUCUAUUUAGUUUAGUCUUGCAGUAAACAGCAUAGGUCUUUUAACUGAUUAGAAUGACUGAAAUAUGUAUGUUCGAUAUGAAUUUUCUGCAUAUUCACACUGUAUACAGAAUGACCCAUCUUGUUUCCAGCAUGCUUAUUUGAUGCCUAUAUGAAAUAUUUGAGACACAUCUCGCAAGCGUUUAAUUUCUAUUGGUCUAAUACAUUUAACAUAUUUGACUUUUAAAUGCCCUCUCCUGGUUUUUCUUUUUUCUGAUGUGAGAUACCAAAAAUGACUACCACAUGACGAUUUUUCUCAACCUGUAUUUUGACGCAUAUAUAUAUAUACACACACACACAACAUUAAAAACUUCUAAUUUUUACAUUUUUAAAGGUUAACCAUAUUUUCUGCAAAAGUUAUGGUUCAUCUUUUUAAUGUAAAUAUAGGCUUUUGUUUCUGUUCAAUGUAAUACGCAUUGCACUUUUUUAUUAAGAGAUUUUGAAAGGUUUGUUUUCUGGCACUGUUCUGUUAUUGUUAUACUUAAAACUAAAGUUGUGUUCAUUUGGCUUUUAGCAUGAGACUCAUUUUUGAGUUGCUGUAAUAUAUCCCCUACCUCAUGCCUUCACUUGUGAUCAAAAAUCAUUUCAGGUUUAUCUUGCUGGAAACUUUGUAAAACAGAAAUUAUAUAUAAUUUCAACUAAGCUUUCAAAAUGGUUAAUUUAUACUUGUGUAAGGGAGCCACAACUAGUUUGUACUGAUUAAAAAUAAAUAAAUACAUAAAACAAUGGACUUUGUCUGCAUCAGGGCUUAAGUGCCAACUGCAAAAAUAUUUCUUACCGUGGAGAGUCCUUGAACACUGAAACUUGCCAACGUAAUGAUUGGCCUUUUCUUCAAGCUCCCUUGUACUUCGUACUAAUGGAGUGGCUACCAAAAAAUACAAUGCGUGUUUUUAAUGUGAUGUUUUAUCACUACUUAAUUUUUUAAACAACAUGUAAAUAUUGUAAUCCAUUGAACUUUGCUUUGCUAACCUAUUAAUUAAACUAUGGGACCAUUAUCCUUUUAAAUAACUUGUUUGGCUUUUUUUUCUCUUUUUUUUGUCAUACUGUGCAAGUAUCACAGAAGGCUUUCUUCAACCCUAUAUUUAAGAUGACACUGGAUGUUAUAACGUCUUUAGAGCUGUCCUCUUUUAAACGUAAAAUGUCUCCAUGCAACUUUGAUAACCGUAUUUGUUACACCUUUUGGGGUCUAUUUACAAAAGGUAGUAAACUCUAGAUCUGUUGUUGAGGGAGAAUAUUCUUCUAAUUUAAGAAACUCACUAGUGCUUGCAAAGCCCUCUUAGUGACUUUAUCCCUGUUCACUCAGAUACCCAGAAUGUUUUUUUUUUUUUUGUGUGUGAAGGCCCCAUAAUGCCCAACAGAAUUAGAGGCAUUCUGGAGCUUUGUGCAAACUUUAUUUCACUAAUAACUGACAUCUUCGAUUUUCUUUCAGCUUCCAAACUUUUUUUCAUGGCUAAAAAAUACACAUGGGGUUUUUUGACCAUUGUCCGUUCAUGGAGGCUUACUCAUUUUGUACACAAAAAGAGUUGUCUUAUCUUUGAAAACUAUUCUCCAUGUAAUAGAGAGGGUGGACUGUUAUCUCUUGGUCUACAUGAUCAAUAUCUGUAAUUUCCUAUUAAAAAUAAACAUAAGAGAUUCUC